CUGAGGUUGGGAUUUCAAACUGACAGGAAGAAGCGCGACCGUUACGGGUGCAGCCGUACCACAGGCGGCCGCCCGCAAUGUCGGGCAAUGGCUGCACGUUCGCGGAUCGGAACGUGACCGUGUUGUGCUGCCGCUACUGCCAGCAGGUGCUGAGCUCACGGGGGAUGAAGGCCGUGCUGCUGGCUGACACCGACACCGACCUUUUCUCCACAGACAUCCCACCUUCGGGCACCAUUGACUUCAUCGGCAGCUGUUACUUCACUGAGAUCUGCAAGUGCAAACUGAAGAACAUCGCAUGUUUGAAGUGUGGUAACAUAGUGGGUUAUCAUGUGAUUUCUCCCUGCAAACCUUGCCUGCUGUCCUGUAAUAAUGGUCACUUCUGGAUGUUCUAUAGCCAAGCAGUCUUUGGCACCAACAGACUAGACUCUUCUGGUGUGAAUGUGUUGCUAUGGGGCAACUUGCCAGAUUUGGAGGAAAACGCAGAUGAAGACACGUCAUGCAUCUCCGAGGAGGAGUAUAUCAGAUAACAUUUAUCUCAGAUACACCACAGUAUUUCCCCUAGAUACAUUGCGCUGCUGUUUGUUUUGGACUCUUCUUCCUGCUGGCCCAUCAGAGCUUCAACAAUAGAGGAAGCAAAGAAAUCUGGAGAGCAACCCUAAAAAGGGAAGUUGUCAUCUUUUACUGUAGCCUUCCUUCAUCUCUUACACCUACCUGGUGUGUAUGCAUCAUUCUGACCAGAGACACGGAUUGAUGAGAUCUGCAUCUCUAACACCUGGACAUACAGACAGCAGGUGCAUUUACACUGAGGUCCUGCUCUGUUUUCCUUUUACACUUAAAUCUCCACAAUUAACACGUGUCAUUGACAGUAUUUUUCUUCUUUUCUAUAACAGUAUUAACAGGGAGCUCUUUCACUCGCUGGAAAUACAGCUUAAAAGUCUUGAAAAAUACUUGGUUUGGUUGAUGGAAAAUGCUCUGAAGGAGCUUUGCUUGUGAAGCCACACAGACCACCCUAUGCCCAGAGCAUUCAAGAGCAGCCAAAUGAACAUCUCCAAGUGUUGUAGCUUUGGCUCUAUGAUCUCUCUCUUGCUUUUAGCAGCUUGCUCUCUGGACAUCUAAGACAUGCAGGAAAGCUCCUGAAUGAUGACUGGGGAGCUGUCUUACUGAGUUCUCUAGCCUUCAUCUUUUAGUACUUUUAGGAUCAUGUUUUUGCAGGAAUUAAGUUGAGAGGUUUCAGUUUAUUUUCCCCAUACACCUGCCAGCUAAACCUAUAUACUGAUAUUUGUUAUCAUUUAAUGUGACUUCAGGACUACAGCAGAACUUUGGUUAAGAUCACCGUUGAAAUCCAUCCAAUUCUGUGUUUUUUCUUUAUUUUAAUCAUUCCUCUAAGACAGAAUUUAGUCUGUUUCAAGGUUGGGAAAACCAAUCAAGUGAAAUAUUCAAGGUUUGUGCCUAGCUUUAUCCUGAAGCAUACAAUCACCUUCAUUCCUCUAAGAAUGAAUGGAUUUAAAGUUCAUCAAAGCUAUUUAUUAAUUAACCACUGUCCCAUUACCUAAAGGAUCACCUUUGGAAAAUUCAAGUUACAGUCACAUAAGAGACCUGACUACAUUUUUAAUCUCUGGUUGAUGCUGAAUAAAUCAUUCCAUAACCUCUCUUGAUGCUUUGAAGAGGUACAAUGAAGGCAGAUCUGACUUGUCUCAUGUCUUUACUGCAUCAUACGUAUUCCUUAAUUAAUGGUGCUACCUCUUCUGCGUUGUAUAAAUGUAUAUUGAUGUGUAUAUAUUGGUGUGCCCAUGGAUGUCUGUAUGCCUCGUUUGGAUUUCCUGCGUUGUGUUUGCACAUGAAAUAAAAUGCUUGGAUUGUGCGUUCUAUAGGCUGUAAUGAGCCUGGAUGUGCAAUGACAUCAAUUAGGUGAUGAAAACAAUGGUUCAAAAUAAUAAAUAGCUCAAAAAAGAUCCCA